CCAUUGUGUUAUGUGAGUUGUGCUGAUACAAGAGCGACACAUCUAAGCUACUCAAGAUGCAGCAGAUGCAGUAGGGAAACAGCUCUUCUCUUUAGCCAGCUAACGUUCCAAGAUAAACUGCGGCUGUAGUUGGCUUUAAGGCGCCCGAAAAUACCGGAAUUUCCUGCUGGUGGAUGAGGUGAGCAUGAUUAUGUCUCGCAGACUAACCAAAGAAGAGGUGGAUGCACAGUUCGAGCAGUUCUUAAAAGAGUCUGUUUCAGAUGACUCUGUGGAUUUAGGUGGUCCUGACAAGCAGCCACACUCUAAAAGCAACCAAAAACCAACAGUGAGGCAAGAUGAGGCACUCAGUGGUGGAGGAUCAGCAACAGCACGGUUGGAAUCUCAGAUUUCUUUAAGGAAGUCUGAGUCUAUUCAAGAGGAAGAUGAGGAGGCAGAAGGUAUUCACUCAAAGGAGGAAGACCUCGUCUUGAGAGACAACAAAGACACAGAGGGCUCGGCGAUGGUGUCAACCGUGUACAUGAGCGCGGUGGGUUUAGACACUCUGGAGGAGGAAAAGGAGAAGGCCAGGUUCUUUGCCCAGCUGGAGGCAGGAGCUUCAUCUACUAUAGACUACUCCAAGCUGAACAGGGAGCUGGACUCAACAAGUUCUACCCCUGCAAACAACUACAGGAGUGUAGAAGAAGCAGAAGAACCAGUGGAGCAAGGUGGCGGUGAUGAUCACAGCAAGGCCAGAGGGACAGGGAUGAUCAGUCCAGCCUUCACAGGCUACAGCGAGGAUUUUGAAGAUGACGAGGAUGUGAAGGUUCCACUGGAGGAGAAGUCAACGACGGCUUCAGUUCUUGCCAGAGUGUCUUUUUAUGAUUCUCUGGAUGAGGCAGGCGAAGAGGAGAGAAAGAAGAACACAGUGGAGUCUCUGAACAGAGGUCAGUCUUACGCACAAAGUGGGGCCUCAGAGUUGGAGGCUCUUCAGGAGGCCUACAGGCAGGUCCAUGUUGUGGAGGAUUCAGAUGACCAUGGUCAUCAUACCUCAUCUUUGGAAGUGAGAUGGAGCAUCAACAGACCUCUGUCUCCUUCCUCUCCUUCUCAACAUGCCCAACAGUCUCUGCAGCCUGUUUCUACCAGUGAGUCAGAGCUACCCACUGCAGAAGAGCUGAUGAGGCUCCUCCGACCAGAGGGAGAUCAAAUUAGAGGCUUCACCCUCCAGCCUGUCAGUGUUGUGGAACCCAACCAAGAAAAGACAUCCAGGGGACUGGAAAGGAGAUUCCCGGAUGAGUCACAGCACCCUGCAGCUGCAGCGAUAAAUGGGGCCAGGGAAUCGACAAGCCACCCAAUCAGUGCUGCUCACCCCCCCAACAAGGAUCUGAUUUGCAGCAUCAGAGCAGAAGUAGACAAGCUGAUGCAGGAUCAUACCAAAAGCUCUUCUGUCACAUCAUCUCACACUGGCAAAACUAAGAAACACCCGGCCUCCCAUGGCUCCCUUACUUUUCCUUCCUGUACCUCUUCAAUGAGACAAGCCACUACAGCUCCUAUAAGAGACAAGCGACUGGAUGGGAGAAGGGCGGUGACUUCAAGGUCAUCGGGGAUAAGUAGAGGUUCUGCUACACCAGCCAAAACCCAGUCUGCUGUUUCCUCACAGUGUCCACACAAAGCGACAUCCACAAAGAACCACGAAGAUUGCUGGGAUUGCACAGAACCAGGAGUAAAAGUGAGAAAUGAACUAGUGGCAUCUGUUCAGUCCUUAGUGGCUGUCCUCCAGCAGCAAAUAGAUGCUACCAAACACCAGGAUUCUGCACAGGAAGUCAGAGAAACCAGGCUGAAGCAACUUCUUCCACAGAUCAGUACUGGCCACGACAGCUCCGUGUUGGAGGAGCUGAGGACCCAGCUGGCACUGAAGGAGAGGGAGCUGCAGAUGAUGAAGGCAGGAGCAGAGGAGCUCAACUCACUCAGACAGCAGAAUUACCUACUGCAAAGCAAGCUGAGAAGUGCAGAAGAAGCCAGUCAGAAAAAGAGGUGGGUGGAGGCUGCAGAUGUUGCUGCAGAUGAGAAGUUCCAGCAGAUUGAUAAAGAAAUAAAAGAGCAGGAGGCACUCAUAAAAGGUUACCAACAGGAGAAUGAGAAGCUGUAUUUACAGAUGAAGGCUCAGCAGGCCAAGAGUAAAGCUAAUGAGGAGGCCAUGUUUAAAGAAAACCAGAGGCUGCUGAAUGAGCUGGCUUCCACCAGGGAGCAGCUGAAUAAAACUUCGAGGCCAGUGGGAAAUAUAUGCUUAACGGAUCAUACUCCACGCAUUGCAGACUUGUUAGCGCAAAUAAACACACUUCAGACAAAUGAGGCCAAGAUGUCUGAGGACGUCCACAAGCUUAAGCAAGAAAAGCAGGCUCUGGAGGUGGACUUGCAGCUCAUUAAGAAAGAGAGAGACCUGGCUAAAGCCCGAGCCAUCUCCACAUCGGGAAAACAGACCUUUGAGAUGCGUGUAUUAGAGGACAGGCACCAGGAGGAAGUGACAGCCCUUAAGAAAAAACUGCAGUGGUUUGCUGAGAAGCAGGAGAAGCUGGACAGAGAUGCUGGCAGGCUGAAGGCUGCUACAGCUGAGAUACACCAGCUCAGAGAACAGGUAGAAAAACUGAAACAGGAAGUGGGCAAAAGAAACAGCUGGCAGAGAAAGGCGAGAGACAAAUUUGUGGACUUGAAGAGGAUGAAGGACUUGGAGCGACAGGUGAAGGAGCUGGAACAAAUACUCAGGAGCAGAAACCCAAAUUCGCUGCCUGCUUUGAUUUAUGCUGCAGCCACAUCUGCCAGCCACGAGGACUUGGAUGCUGGCAAAAUGUCCUCUUCCAGCCGGAUCACUGCUCUGCUGGAGCGAAGGAUCCAACGUCUGGAGGCCGAGCUGGAGAAUCACGAUGAGGAAGCCAAACGCAGCUUCCAGGUUAUGGAGCAGCAAUUUCACAGAGUCAAGCUUCGCUACGAGCAGCAGAUCUGUGAGCUGGAGCAGCAGCUGCAACGUAAGCAGCAGGUUGAAGCAGCAGCUGAGUCCGAGUCAUCAGUACUCCAGGCUCUGGAGGAAGAGCUAUACCAUGUGAAGCAGAGCCACAAACAGAAAGAGAAAUCUCUGCAUGAGCAGAUCGAGUCUCUCCAGCAACAGCUUAAACAGAAGGCCCUGCUGAGUCCCGGCCGGCACCAGCGCCAAGCCGAGGCAGCAUUUGGCGUGCGGCUUGAGCGGCUGAAUCAAGAGCUCGCUAAAAAGACACGGAUCAUUCAGGAACUGAGCUGCACUGUGGACAGACUGAAGAAGGAACGGAGGAACAUGCCAUCUGCCCCCAACACACGAGCAGAAAGACGAUCCACUGAGAGCAAACGGCAACAACCAGGUCUCCCUAAAACACACGGUCUUCUCACUGCAGGAGAAGAAACAUUUCCAGCUGCUCUGUGUGAGAAGACCUAUCAGCCCACAGUAUUCACAGGGAGUCAUAUCUCUGAGGUCCUGCAGGAGAACGAAGCUUUAAAAAAGCAGGUGGAGCUUCUCCUCCUGCAGAGCGAGCAGGAGAAGGAAGCUCUGAAGGCUGAUGCUGCACAGGCCAAGCAGCAGCUGUCCAGGCUGACAGAGGAGUUUGAAGAGCAGCUAUCCACCAUGAAGGCAGAACACUUUAGAGUGUUGGACCACCUGCGGGCCACCCAUGCACUCGAACACUCAGAGUCUAAGGUUGCAGAACUGACUAAUAAGCUGAGCACUCAAGAGAUAAUGAUGAAUCAUCUGGACAAGCAGCUGAAAGAAAUGCAGGGGUGCAAAGAAGCACUGAAAAUAUCCAGGAGGAGAGAGGAUGCUCUGCAGACGCAGCUAACCAAACUGCUGCAGGAGCUGAAGGAAGCUAAAGAAGCUUCAAGCUCAGAGGUGAAACUCCUGUGCACCUUGGAGAGGAAGAUACUGAACAUGGAGCUCAGACACCAGCACAGAGAGAAGGAGCUGCAGCAGGUGCUUAGGGGGGCGUGGCAGACGCCAGGUGAUGAUUUGCAGUCUGAGCUGGAGCACUGGAGAUGUCUGGCUCAGGACAAGAGCAGGGAGAUGGAUGCUUUCCGCCUUGAGCUCGACUCCAUCCUGGACAUCCUGAGACAUCUCCAACGACAGGGAGUGGUUCUCCCGACUCCUGAGCUCGCCAUUCCACAGAGGAGUUAAUACAACGUUUGAAAGCUGAUACUGUGAAUGCUGCACUGAUUCCAUGCCAGUGUGUCAGCAAUAGAAGUUUCUACUUUUUUAUUUAAAUAACUAUCUAUUUUUAUGUUUUUCAUGUUAAUGAUAGGAUAUAUUAGGAUCAGUAUUGCACCAAAGACCUGCAAAGACUGGCUUACCAUCCCUGCCUCUACAGAGGAAACAGUCAUGUAAAAUAAAGAAACCUCUUGAGCAUUAUUUUGUUGUUUUUUGACUGUUUUACAUAUCUAGAUAUGACAACCGGGCCUGCAGAUAAAAGUAAUAUAUUUAAUCACAACCACAAUAUGAAUACAUAUUUAAAUAUUCUGUAGUAAAAGUUCUCCUUAUGGCCCCAGUGUGAGGUGGAAGGCCAAGUCUCAGCUAACACUGGCCAGCUUGGUUAGCAGCCUGCACCCAAGCAUGGCUGCUGGGUAGCACUGUGUAACAUGCCAGUCAGUUUUUAUCCUUUGCAGGUGUUUUUGAUGGGACUCACAUCAGAGUCUCAAUUCUUUAUCUCUUUUCCUCUGUUUCAGUGCCUUUGCAGGUCAACUACAUGCCACACUUUGGAAUAAGAAAUCAGCUCCAGAUUCAACUUAUAGAUCCAAUUUGUCUUCAUUAUCAAAUUUUCCAUCUUCUUGGAUUCUUUGCACAGUUUGGUGGUCCUAGAUGAGUUGGCAAUAUAAUUAAACCCAUAGCACCUGAGAAAGGUUUUUUGUUGCAGUUGUGUAACUUCAUUUGUUUGUCAGACUCUUACAUAUCUAUUGCAGCAGAGUCACUGAAUCAUUCAAACAGAAUUUGAAACUCCUCGUUCUAAAGACUUCAUGUACACGCCAUUUUCCUUGUGAUCACUCUUUC